CGAAAUUUUAUACGAGACACGUGUUUACUUCAGAGACAAAAGCGAUCUGAAGAAGAGAAGAAGGAAAAACCAAAAGAUAAAAAGAAGCCUCCAUCCAGUUCACAUGGCCAUAUCAGGAGGUGUCUGACAUCCAGGCCAGGGCUGUCUAUGUGAUGACGAAAUUUUAGAAAAGAGCAACAUAUAUUUGUGGGUAAGGAAGAGUUUCACAUAGAACAUGGAGUUAGCCAAAGAGGGUGGCAUGGAUGAAAGACUGGAGCCUAUUAAACAAGAUGACCAUGAGUUGGGUGCAGCGGAAUAUUUAUGUGUGAAGGUGGAGGAUUGUGAAAGAAGAAUUUCAGUUUUUAAAGAGGAGGAGUGCAAGGAGAAGAUUAUUGAAAUUAAAGUCGAAGAUUCAGAAAAUCUGUCAGUUAGUCUUGAACUGCAAAAGCAUGAAACUGGGAAUAUUUCUAAGGAAGAUCUCUGUGAAGAAUCUCAUUUCAGUUCACAGCCUUUAGUCACUAAUGUGGGACAACUGACCACCCAGCAGAAUUCUGUGGUACUGAAAUCUGAGCUAACAGAGUCUGAAGAAAAAGUCGGUGAAGGAAUCGGGAGAGAAGCAGAUGAACGGAAUUCAUCAAUGAGUGUGGGAAGAAAUGUAUGUCUGAAUAUCAGCUUCUCGCCAUCUUUAUCUCUUCAACCCUCUCUUCAAUGCAACCUGGAACAGAAACGGGACAAAGGGAACAUAAAGAAAUCAACAAGAGGAUCUGAGAAUUUGACAUCAUCCUCUUUUCAUUGUAGUUCUCUUUCUUUGAAAGAAAAUGUCAAAACUGACCAAGAUCAAGGACAUAAAACAGAAUCAGAGGCUUUGCACACUGGCCAAGAAUGUGGAGAAAUGUUUAAAAACAAGUUAAACUGUAAAGAUAAGUCAGUUCAUUCAAAACCAAAGCCAUUUUGCUGUUCUGAAUGUGGCAAAAGAUUUAGCCAGAGUAGCCAUCUUAAGAGUCACACAAGAAUUCACACUGGAGAGAAGCCAUAUUGUUGUUCUGAAUGUGGCAAAAGAUUUAGCCAGAAUCACACUCUUCAGAGUCACAUGAGAAUUCAUACUGGAGAAAAACCAUAUUACUGUUCUGAAUGCAGCAAAGGAUUUAGCCACAGUAACGGUCUUCAGAGUCACACAAGAAUUCACACUGGAGAGAGACCAUAUUGCUGUUCUGAAUGUGGCAAAGGAUUUAUCCAGAUUACUGAUCUUCAGAAUCAUGCGAGAAUUCAUACUGGAGAAAAGCCGUAUAGUUGUGAUGAAUGUGGCAAAAGAUUUAGGCAGAGUAGCAAUCUUCGGAGUCACUCAAGAAUACACACUGGAGAAAAACCAUAUUGCUGUUCUGAAUGUGGCAAAGGAUUUAGCCACAGUAACACUCUGCAGAGUCACAUGAUGAUUCAUAGUGGAGAAAAACCUUAUUGCUGUUCUGAAUGUGGAAAAGGAUUUAUCCGGAGUAGUCAUCUUCAGAGUCACACAAGAAUUCAUACUGGAGAAAAGCCAUAUAGUUGUGCUGAAUGUGGCAAAAGAUUUAGGCAGAGUAGCAAUCUUCGGAGUCACUCAAGAAUACACACUGGAGAAAAACCAUAUUGCUGUUCUGAAUGUGGCAAAAGAUUUAUCCAGAGUCACACUCUUCAGAGUCACAUGAGAAUUCAUACUGGAGAAAAGGCCCUGAAGAAGUAUGUUAGAGAGGUGAAGGUGAAGAAGCAGAAGGAAGAAAAGAGGGAGAAAGAAGUGAAAAAGUCACCUUUCUAAUUACUUAAGUCUUGAUAAGUACCUUCAUGUUGGUGGGUUUUGUUUUUAAAGGUGUACACCAAAACUCAUCAAGGCAAAACUACUAUUAUAGUAUGAAAUGGAACCCAAAAAGUAACUCAUACUGGCCACACGUCUCCCAGGAUAAAAAGGUGCCCAACACCUGCCUCUGAACUAGAGUAAGUGAUGGUGCUACCAAUAGUGCAAAAUCUCCGGGUGAUGAAAAGAAUAUCUGCAAUGUGGUGUCAGUCCAGAUGGACAGUGUUGCUGGCCCCACCACAGGGGUAUGGAACAGACAACAACAAUGCAGCUUGAGCGAGAAAUGAAGAGGACUUGACACAGUUCAGUGGUCACUUGAAGAUAAUGAGGAGAUCAUGUACUGCUACUUUUAUGCAACAAGUAUUGAAUUUCUGAAUAAAGGAUAACUUGAACAAAACUGGAAUCCCGGAAAGUAGUAUCAAUUUCCAAACUAAAUAAGACAACUGAUGCAAACCUGAGAUCACUAAUCAUGACAAUUAAAGAGAGUAAGCAAGUAAACCAAGAGACAUUACAAUACUUACAAUGAGCAGCCAAAGAAGUAAUAGAGUAACAAAGGCAAGACCCAGGGGGCAUGAGAAGAGAAUGGACAAAGACUUGGAAUGAAGAGAAGAUGCAAGAUCUUGUAUGGUGUGGCAUCUACUCAAACAUAAAAGUAUCAGCCGCCAAACCUAGAAAUAAGAGGAAACUGACAUUUGAAAACAAAUUCAGAAAUAAAAAUCUAAAUAUGAACAGAAACAAAACGAACAAUGCUUACUACUCAGAAAUGGAAUGUAUUUAAAAGUAACCACUUCUGAAACAAAGAUAUGCAAAUAAUAAAGGUAGAAGUUUUGAAGGCACUAAGAAAGGAAAGAAUCGAGGUGUAACAGUCUGAAGAUGACAAUGAAAGCCUAUGUGCCACAGAAACUGUCCAAGGACCUCAACAGAAGUUGAGUCCAAAUAUCCAGGAUGCAGAACACCUGGAAAUAGAAAAACCUACAGAAACUCAACAAAAUUCUCAAAAGAAUCAGAGCUCUGUAGAGCAUACCCGGAAAGAAACAGAAAAGGUACCAUCAAUAGAGGAUAAAGAUAUUAAGGAAUUCAGGGAAGAGCUUCUGGACCUUGUUGAUAUGGACAAGCAGACCGAAAUCUGUAGAAGAGAGAAGUGACCUGGAAUAUCGCUAAACACCAUAUGCAGUAUUAUAAACGAGGUCAACAAAGCCAACAGCAAAUAAUGGACAUAACAGUCAGCAGGAUCAAACACUGUGCAGCAAAACUCAUCAGCUUUAAACUAUUAGAGCAGAGGAAUAUUAGGAUAAGGAAAAAAAACAGCAAAUGAAAAUUCCUCCAUGAAUGGUACAAACAGAGAAAAAGUAAGAGGUUUCAUUGAACAAAUCCUACAUGGAAGGGGUGAGAUCUUGUAAAGUCCUAGGUCAACUAUGGUAUCUGAAACUACAGUUCUGUAUAUUAACACAUGGGGACUUGAAACUUCACAACAGCCAACAACAAACUUGAAAUCCUAGCACAAACUCAGAAACUAAGAAGGUACAAACAAAAAUUAAAGGAAAAGAUGCAAAACAGAUUACUUGGGGACAACUGAAAAACAUUUUAUUGAACGUUAGAUGUACACAAUGGAAGUAACUACACCACAACAGAAAAAGGAAAUGGAAACAUUCUGGAGAAAUGUAUAUGAGGAUGCCAAAGAGCGCAAUCAAGAAGCAGACUGGUUAGGAAAAAUCCAGAACGACCCUGAAAACAAAGAAAUGAAGGAAAUAGAGUGGCCCGAGGAAACAGUAAACACGGUUAAAUCUGCUGCCAACUGGAAGACACCCGGCCCUGACAGCACUGCACCAGGAUAUGGCCAAAUGUAAAAUCAUGUUAAAGCAGGACCUGCAAAGGACACCACACUGGCUCACUGCUGGAACAACACUUCUAAUUCCAAAGUAUGACAAAACCUUUGAGCCAAAAAAUGAUGCCCCAUAACCAGCCUAUCCACAUUUUAUAAACUCUUCACCACUAUUGAUGCUAAGAAUAUUUAUUGUUGCCUGGAACACAACAUCAUAAUGGCAGAAGAAUAAAGAGGAAACAAAUGAUCAUCAUAUUGAACAAAAGACCAGCUAUUGUUGAACAAAGUUGUAAUGGAGUGCUGCACAAAGGGCUGAAACCUGAAUGUGGCUUGGGUGGAUUACACGAAAGCCUUUGACAGCGUGCCACACUCAUGGAUACUCAAAUUUUUGGAAAUGAACAAAGAUCCAUCCUGCUGUCAUAAAGUUCAUUUUCACCACCAUGAAUCACUGGAAGACAACCGUGCAUCUCCAGCACAACAAAUUACAAUUCCAGUCAGUCAGUCAAAUAUACAAAAAUUUUAAAAAGGAAUAUUCCAGAGAGACUCACUUUCACCACUACUGUUGUGCAUGACAUUAAAUCCAUUAAGCACCCUUCUCAAAAUCCUUGGCCACAGAUUCAAUAUCUGCACCUGGACCCAGCCAAACCCCCAGAUUAUCACACAUCUGUUUGUGGAUGAUUUGAAGUUGUUCAGCCCCAGUGAUACGCAACUACUGGAACAGCUGGGUAAAGAAAUUUUCAGAAUCCAUCAAAAUGGAAUUUGGACUGGACAAGUGCACCAUGGCAACUUUCAUAGACGGUCACAGUAAAAAUAUCAAACUGGAUAAUGAGCAUAUCAUCAAAAAUCUUAAUAUUGAAGAGACCUACAAGUAUGUGAGAGUAAAUGAAGGUGCAGAAAUCAGUCAUAAUGAAUUGUGGAGGAAAAAUAAUUCAUCACACAAAGGUGAUACUCCAGACUUCCCCGUACAGCAAGCAAUAAAAUCCAGGUGAUAAACCGACUAGCCAUUUCCAUCCUAUCUUUCAGCUUUGGUAUCAUAGACUGGUCAUAGAAUGAUUUUCAUGAACUGGAUAUAAGAUCACGUAAACUUCUUCAUGCACACCAGUCAAUAUACAAGAAUCAAUGCAUCUCAAGUUUCUGCAUUUCCAGAUCUGAAGGAGGCAUGGGGCUCAUUGAAAGAGAUUCCUUAUACAGAACUGCAGACAUACCACUUCAUCUCAGCAGACCAUCAUGUAUGGAAGAUACAUCAAACAAAAAAGUUAAGAUUGAGAUGAAUUAUUAAGCUCAGCCAAACAUUUCAAAGAAACGAGGGCAUGACAGAGAUACAGCCAACUGGUGUGCAAACAACAGCAGUGCAGCUGGCUAGACAACAAAAACAUCUGAAUUUGAAACACUGCAGAUAUACCAAGAAAUAUGCAGACCUCCUGCUCCAGCCCCAUGUAGACCAAGAGCUACUACAUGGAUAGAUUAGAAGGAGUGAUUUGAACCCAAGGGAUGAGUACCUAAUAAUGGCUUCACUGGACAGUGGCCUUCACACAAGAUCAUUCAAGGCAACAAUAGGAAACAAUGGGAAAAGAGAUGAGUGCAGAUUCUGCCAGACUGAGAUGGAAACAGUCACUCAUCUGAUUGGUGGCUAUAAGGUGCUGAUGGCAGAAGACUUACACAAACGAAGAUGCAAUAUAUUUGCCAGAGUACUGCACUGAAAAAUAUGAUAAAAAUACAACUUGCCAGUACCACAGAUGCAUUGAGACCACACCGCAGAACAAAUAACCAAAAAUAAAAAGGUGUUAGUCACUUGAGACAUACCAAUACCAAUAGACAGAGGCCUGCCUCGACACCUUAUCAAUCACCAUCACUUCAUAUGAAUUGCAGAAGGAAGUGUUAUUAGGGACAAUGCAAGUACUACACCAAGGCCUGGCAGCAAAUCAUCAUCUUCUUCUUUUGGCUGCUCCUGUUAGGGGUUGCCA